AUGAAUCAUAAAGUUAUAAAAGAAAAUCUCACGAAUAAAAUGUCUUCACAAAAUAUUGAAGCAACUAAUUCAAAUCAUAAAUAUUCAGAUCGAUUGAGUCAACGCACUGAUACUGACUCAGUACACUCAAGAUUUCGGUCAACAAAAAUAUAUUGUGAUAUUUGCAAUAUGAAUAUGAUUAUUGAAAAUCAUUCUUUAAUAGAAAAACAUUUUAAUAAUUCUCAUCCUUCUAAACAAUUUUGUUGUUAUUGUAAAGGCAAAGUAUUUACUUAUACACAAAUGCCUAAUGAUUGUACUCAGAAACCAAAGUCUAUAUUAUAUCAUAAAUGUAAUAAAUCUUAAGUACAAAUAGUAAUUAUAAAUAUUUAGGAAAAGAAUACAAAAGAAUUUUUUUAUAAAUAUUUAUAUAUUUAAAUAAAAUAUAUAUUUCUUAUAAAAUUAUUCUACAUUAAAUUGUGCAAUACAAAACUGAAUAAAUAGUAUAAACAUGCAAAUAGAAAAAAAUUUUCGAAAUUACAUAAAGAAUCAAUAAUAAUAAGUAUAUAUAAAAAUAUAACAUAAUAAUAAUUAUUGAUCGAAAGAUAUGACUUUUCCAUUAUUUUAUAUACAAAUUAUCAAAUUAUAAAAUUUGAGUUUAUAAGUAUGUUACAAUUUAUUCCAAAUAUAAAAGUACAGAUAUUUAUACAUAAUAUAAAUAUUCUUUCUGUAUAAGUUAUAAUUAAGAACUAUUUGCAAACUAUUUGUUUUUGAAAUGAUAAUUAAGACAGUACAAAACUUAAAAUAUAUUAAUAUAUAAUAA